CACCUACGAGAGGAGCUAACGAAAUCAAGAGGCGAAAGGAAGCAGAGAAAUACUUAUCUGAAGAUAUAUGAAAGCAGAUUCACGAGCUGUGCUGUACUGAAGAAUAAAGCGCCUGGACCAUGACCGCGAUACUGCGCACAGAGAGGCUGCAGCCGAGUGAACUUCAGGCUCUGUUUGGAGAGGAGAAGGAUUAUUUGUGCUCUCUCAAUGAUAUUGUUCAUCACACAGAGGAGUGUGAGCUGCAGUCUGAAGGUGACAAUAUAGAGGCGUGUGACUUAAGUUCUCUUUCCGACCUUGACUAUGAGCAGCCAUGUGCAUCCAUAGAGGAGCUAAAGAGAGAACACCUGAGAAACAUAGCUGAGGUGGGUAAAGUCCACCUGAGCCAAACCAAACCUGGUCAGGGAGAAAGACAGCUUAUUGCUUGCUGGAGACAAAAUGGAGAAGAUACAGAGAGUGAACAGGUGGAGCUCAUCCAGAUUGGAAGAAAGGCUUCAGUGGGCUGUCUGAAGAAUGGUGUUUCUCAUCUGAAGUUAAAGGCUCGGCAGAACUCCUUAGAGGAGCAAAGAAAGUUGUCUCACUUUCAGCAGAACUCAUCUCACAGUGCAGCCAAUCAGGGGAUGGACAACCUGAGACAUAAUUCCAAAGUAACCAUUCCCAAACCGUUUCGCAUGAUGCUUCGUGAAGAGGAUCGCAAACGGCGCAAUGUGAAAACCCGCUCUGAGAUGGAGCUAGAAAAUGAGAGACUGAAGAAAGAACUGGAUGAGUUAAAAGAAUGUAACAAGAAGUUUCGCGCUAAACCAGCCCCCGCCUCCACUUAUUUCCUCUUCUAUGACAAGCGCCCAAAUAAGCUCCAGCGGCAAAAAAAUCUAAUCAACCAAACGGAUCACCAUGGAAACUACCACAAACAAGGCACCCAAAGCCAAUCCCCACCUCUUCCGCAACAGCCAUUUAGCUUCACUGAAAGAGAGCGAAAGAAAAGAGAGAAGAAACUAGCGGAUGAGCUAAACAACCUGACUCCCAAAGCAGAACGAAGGGCGUUCAAAGCCAGACCCAUACCGAGGUCUCUAUAUAGGCCCAAUCUGAGAGCCUAA